UCAUGUCCAACCGCUGCAGCUUCAGCGCUCACCAGCGCAUGCACCGCAGCCGCCCCCCGCACGUCUGCCCGGAAUGUGGCGGCAACUUCCUGCUGGCCAACUUCGAGUCCCACCUCAAGGAGUCCUGCCUGCACUUCUCCCGCAGGGUGGGGUACAGGUGUCCCAGCUGCGCCGUGGUCUUCGGGGGGGUGAAUUCCAUCAAAUCCCACAUCCAGACUUCCCACUGCGAGGUUUUCCACAAGUGUCCCAUCUGUCCCAUGGCCUUCAAGUCGGCUCCGAGCGCCCACGCCCACGUGUACACCCAGCACCCGGGAUUCGGGAACCAGCAGUCCAAGCUGAUCUACAAGUGUGCCAUGUGUGACACGGUGUCCCUGCUGAUCUACAAGUGUGCCAUGUGUGACACGGUGUCCAUGUGUGUUCCUGUGUGUGUUCAU